AACCACCGGUCUAAGUCAACCUUCUCUUCCCUACUCAUAUAUACUUCCAUUGCUCAUACCUACCCUCCGUUGAGUUCUUCAUCUCUCUCUCUCUCUCUUUCUCUCCUCUUUGAGUUCUUGUACUCUUGUAUCAUUAUUCUCCUUCAUUCCAUUAGUAAAUUAAGGUGUCUACAAUGAGAAAACCUUGCUGUGAUAAGCAAGACACCAACAAAGGAGCUUGGUCCAAGCAAGAAGAUCAGAAGCUCAUAGACUACAUCCAGGCAAACGGCGAAGGCCGUUGGCGCACUCUACCUCAGGCUGCAGGCCUACUUCGUUGCGGUAAAAGUUGUAGGCUGAGAUGGAUAAACUAUCUAAGGCCAGACCUUAAAAGAGGCAACUUUUGUGAAGAUGAAGAAGAUCUCAUCAUCAAGCUCCAUGCACUCCUUGGCAAUCGGUGGUCACUUAUAGCUGGGAGAUUGCCAGGAAGAACUGACAAUGAAGUGAAGAACUAUUGGAAUUCUCAUCUAAGAAGAAAGCUAAUAAAGAUGGGUAUUGAUCCAAAUAACCAUAAGUUGCGAAAUAAUCGUCCUCGGCCUCAAAACCAUGGUGCCUCUGGUAGUACUACUGCAAUAUUGUCUUCUCCGGAAAGCCAUGCAUGUCAGCCCGAGAAAAGCCAAGGUGAUAACGGCCAGGUCUCUGAUGCUGGAAGUUAUUCAGAGGAAAACCCUAACGGCUUGCCUGAUUUGAACCUUGAUCUCACAAUAACCAUUGUUUCUCCAUCAAAUUCGACUGUAGAAGAGGAGAGAAAAGAAAACCAGUCUGCAAUAUCAACCGAACUCGGAUGUGCUUCAUCUCCUACGCUUCUUCUAUUUACGUGAUCAAAUGUGGGGUUAUAUAUGUGAAUAUAUAUAUUCUAAUUAGUAAGAAACUUUAUAUAUCUUUUCUUUUUUUGAUAAUAUUAUGUUACUUACCAAAAGAAGAAAAGAUUUAAAAUCUUUGAGGUGUCUCAUUUUUUUCUUUUAUGUUUUUUGCCUAGAUAAAUAUUUGGAUCGAUGGUGUUCUUGUAAAAUUUAUAAGGUUUAUGGUUUAUGUUCUUCUUCUA